AUGUUCUCCUGUCUAUGUGUGUUUGUUUUCUUGUUCCCGUUUGCCAAUAGUCGUAUACAUAAUCUUAAGAUUAUUGAUGACAAUCGUCAACAAAUUUUAUUAAGUACAUUUGGAUUUCUUCGCGGUGGUACAAUGAAUUUCAAUGUUACAGAUUUUACGUAUGAUAAAGCAGGUGUCGGUAAAGAGAGUAUGUUUGGAUUUAGCAUUGCUAAAGCAAAGACUAGUGGUAUCGCUGAAUAUUUGCAAAGUCAUUCAAGUCGAUCAUGUGGGUUUUAUCAAUCCGAAGAAGCAAAUGAAAUACCACAUGCAUAUUUCAAGAUCGAUCAUAAAUCAGAAAAACCAAAAAUUACAAUUAUAAGACAUUCAGUCGAUUUCGAUCUUCUUGACAUUGAAUAUGAAACGCAAACUAAUCUAGAUCCAUCAAAUACUAAUCAAACAUUAAAAUCAAAUGUUACAACACCAUCCGUUAAAAAAUUUGAAAAAAAUGAAACACUUAUAAAUGAAAUUCCAAUGCAACGUAUUGGAGAUGCACUACAUCGAUUUCGAUUUCAAUUUCAAGUAAUUGUCAAACGUAAAUCUGAAGAAGGCCUAUAUAACUUAUAUUUUCAUAAUUGUUUCAAUACAAAUGAUAGUCACUUAAAUCAAAGGCCAUUAAAUAUUAAUUUAACUGCAAUAUUAAUACAACGAAAUCUUGAUAAUUAUUUAUCAGCUGGAGAAAUGCCAUUGCCUGUACUUUAUUUUACUUGGGCUGUUAUUUAUUUUCUUUCGGGAUUUUAUUGGAUAUUUGUUUUGAAAACAUCAAAACAUCCGGUGUACAAAAUUCAUUAUUUAAUGUUAUUUCUCGUUUUAACUAAAGCUUUGUCACUCAUAUUUCAUGGUGUUAAUCAUCAUUAUAUAGCAAGUAAAGGUCGACACGAAGAAGCAUGGGCUAUACUCUUCUACAUAACUCAUGUUUUACGUGGCCUUCUUUUAAUUGUUGCAAUAUUACUUGUUGGUACUGGAUUUACAUUUAUUAAGCAUGUUUUAUCAGAGCGUGAAAGAAAAUUAUUUAUUAUUGCUAUACCACUUCAAAUACUGGCUAUUGUCGCUCAAAUAUUUUUAGAAGAAAAGGAAGAAAGUGAUGUUGUUUAUGCUACAUGGAGACAAAUAUGUUUUAUUGUUGAUCUUUUAUGUUGUGGCGCAAUUAUAUUUCCCAUUGUUUGGUCCAUCCGACAUUUAGAACAAUCAGCUAGAACCGAUGGAAAAGCUUUAAGCAGUUUAAGUAAAUUGAAGAUCUUUCGACAAUUUUAUGUUAUGAUUGUAUUCUACAUCUAUUUAACUCGGAUUGUUGUUUACAUAGUCAAAUUAACAGUCCCGUUUCGUUUUGAAUGGCUUGAAGUUAUUUUUUUUGAAUUAACAACAUUUGUAUUUUUUGUAUUUACGGCUUAUAAAUUUCAGCCAGCUAUCAAUAAUCCAUAUUUAGCGUUGGCACAAGAUUCUGAUGAUGAAAUCGAUGCUGAAAUGGAUAUACCAUUAACACAAAAUCCAGUUUUUGAACAAGUUACAAAAGUUAAUCAAAAACCUAAAAGAACGUUAACAAAAUUAUCACCCACAGAUCCGCAUGAUUUAAUAACACCUGAUGAAGAUGAUGAAGAUGGUUAUCAUCAUAUUCGUUUGAGUACUUCACAUGUCUGA